UCAUUUUCAUCACACACCCAAAGCAUACUACCCACUGAACAACACUGAGUAAAAAUAUAAAAAAUACCAAAAACAACGUUAUUGUUCGUUAAAAAAGACAACCAAGCCACAAUGAAUCGCAUCGACCUCACCCUGGACGACAUGGCCAACACCAAGUUCCUAACGAUAUACAACAGCCUGAUCAAGAGUUUCACCGCCUCCACGGACUUCUCCUCCAACGAGGUGGUCAGCCUGCUGAUCGUGUUUUACAAGUACGCCCUCAACAACGGGUCCCGCACGAUGUCCACCAACCAGCUCUACAACCUGUUCCUCGUCAGCUUUGGGAUCUUCGACACAACCAUCAUCGACCGCGUUCUGAUGAACAUCACGCAGGACGGUCGCUCCGUUUCUCCGGAAGCCUGGAUGCGACUGUUCUGCGUGUUCUUCACCGGAAGCCUGCAGGAGCGAAUGAAGUUUGCAUUUGAGGUUUACACAAGUGCUGGUACGGUGGUUCUAAAUCGCGAGGUGGUCGGCUUGGCCAUCGAAAAAUUCUUCUAUGGCGAUGACGAUGACGAAGUUAACGAGCUCCGAGCCGACAUGUGUGAAUUCUUGUUCGCCAAAUUCGACACGGACAAGGACGGAGUUAUAGCCUUCGAGGAGUAUGCCGAGAUUGUCCAAAAUCAGCCUGGACUGCUCGAGUUCUUAGGAAAAAUAUUUCCCGAUGACAAGGACAGAUCGUUGGUGGCAUACUGCCAUAACAUUGAGUCAAUGUUCCCGCCAGAAGAUGAAUAUUAAAAGAUACGCUGUACUUUGUGGACAAAAAAUCGUUGUGUU